AUGGCGUUGGCUUCGGGUUCGGCGACCACGCUGUCGUCCAUUCCCGACACGUUCUCGUUUUCGCAGCCCGACUUGGAUACGAGCACCUCCAGUGCAGCAGGCCCCGCCAACGCCCCAAGUGGCCCUACAGGCCACAGCGCAAGCAAACCUGGCCACACCCCGGCGCAGGAAGAGCGCAUUUUUAGCUUGGAGCUUGAGGAUCAGCGGACGGUUCAUGUGCUUGCGCUCUGGCGCCACCCCGAGGAGGAUACCCCUGCGCGCCGAGCUCGUCGAAGGGAUCACCGCGAACGCCGUGAUCUCGGUCUCGAGCUCCUACUCUCUGACGGCACUCGGGUCUGGCGGGGUCAAGCAAAUCGCGAGGACAUUGCUGCGCUCAAGGCAACAAGCCAGCUGGGGGAUAGGUUUGAUGCGACCUUUCACCGCUGCUUCUCAGGUGAGGUCGACUCGGAGCGGGAGCAGAGCGAGUUCCACUACGAGCUGGACAGCGCCUCAGAACACAUGAUUGCAUACCUGACCGUGCCCGGCAUCAAGCUGAAGCUGGGGGCGAUUCCUCUGACGGAGGUGCCGGACGUAGCCUCGGGCAUGCAUGAACUAGUUGACCGUCUUUUGCACCGUCAAAAUACCCUCAAGGUGGUCAAUGCCAUCAACAAGAUUAAGCACGACAUCAAGGAAGCUUUGACAGGCGUGGCAGGCCCAAGCAGCCUGGCGACACCCCCCAGUCUUCCGGACGAGCCUUUACCAGCCUCCAUGCCGGUAUCCCAGCCGGCACAACCAACGACCGGGUCUCAAAUCGGGCCUGCCGGCGCCAUGAGCAUGGCCACCACGGACGUCAAUCCCAGCCUGGCCCUUUCCCUGGACGCUGACGGCCCGUCGACCCUGGCUGCCGCUGCAAAUCGGCGUCGGCGUCGGCACGCCAAGCGGCCUGAAACUGAGAGUACAUCCAAGAGCGCCAAGCGCCACGCUACCGCCGCCCUAGAUGACGACGAUGACGCCCCUCUCUAG